AUGGACAACCAUGGAAGGACCUCCUCGCGCCCAGGAUCAAGACGAGGCAGUCAAGACCUCACUGCACCAACUACAGUUGUAGCGAAUGGCACCUCAGGCCACACUGCACCGCCUCCUUCCAGCACGACCCACACGGACAGACAUGCUUCACAGACAUAUCCUACUGUAGGCCGCAGACGGACGUCUAUAACUGCACAAACUGGCACGUGGUCGUUGGGCAAAACUAUAGGACAAGGGAGCAUGGGCAAGGUCAAACUCGCCAAAAACAUCGAAACUGGAGAACAGGCUGCGAUCAAGAUCGUUCCUCGGCAAACCCUUGAUGACCAUGGGAAUGCGAAAGAUGAGAGGGCAGAUCGCUCAAAAGAAAUUCGGACUGCCAGAGAAGCGGCAAUGGUGUCAUUGCUCUGCCACCCAUACAUUUGUGGUAUGAUCGAUGUGCAGCGGACAAACUAUCAUUGGUACAUGCUUUUCGAGUAUGUCAACGGUGGGCAAAUGCUCGACUACAUCAUUGCCCAUGGCCGACUCAAAGAGAAGCAAGCGAGAAAGUUCGCCCGUCAAAUUGCAAGUGCUCUGGACUACUGCCACCGCAACAGCAUUGUACACCGAGAUCUGAAGAUCGAGAACAUUCUCAUCAGUAAGAAUGGUGAUAUCAAAAUCAUUGACUUCGGUCUCAGCAACCUUUACUCACCACGUGCCCUCCUCAAGACAUUCUGCGGAAGCUUGUACUUUGCGGCCCCAGAGUUGCUGCAAGCUCGCCAGUAUACAGGUCCUGAGGUUGACGUAUGGAGUUUCGGAAUUGUUUUGUAUGUGCUUGUCUGUGGCAAGGUUCCAUUUGAUGAUCAAAGCAUGCCUCAGUUACACGCUAAGAUCAAGCGUGGUGUUGUUGACUAUCCACAAUGGCUGACAGCUGAGUGCAAAAACAUCAUUUCGAGAAUGCUUGUAGUGGAUCCCAAAGAACGGGCGAGUCUUCAGGAGAUUAUGAAUCAUCCAUGGAUGACAAAAGGCUUCAAUGGGCCGCCAGACAACUAUCUACCCCAAAGAGAGCCGCUUUCGUUGCCACUUGAUCCGGAAGUCGUCGAAAAGAUGCAGGGAUUUGAUUUUGGCUCGGCCGCCUACAUCACGGAGCAGCUCACUCGAAUUAUUGACUCAGACGACUAUCAAAGCGCCAUUCGCAGAACGGCCAAAGACGAUCACAGCAAUACUUCGGGUGGCGGAGACAAAAAGCGUGGAGUAUUCGACUUCUACAAGCGGAGAAAUUCUAUAAGCAGGGAGGGCCUUGCAGCCCCUUCGUCGGAAGCAAUCCGAGGACACGACCCGCUAAAUGCGUACAGCCCUCUCGUGUCAGUCUACUACUUGGCUCGUGAGAAGCUCGAACGAGAACGCCGAGAACAAAACCCGGGAGCUUUGGCUAUGCCGUUGACACCUAAAGAGACCCCUCUGAAACUGCCGGGUCUCCCAACCCCUGAAGCGGCUUAUACCAAUACUUUUGCUCCUGAGAUGCCAGGUGAAAAGGCCACCGGUGGUCGUUCAAGGGCCCGUGCUCGGACGAACGGGGAAGACGAUGUCGUUCAGGGUAUCAAACAAUUAGAGAUCCCUGAAAAGAAGCCGCCUCCCAGCGCAACUUCACCAACAGCAACACCGCAUGCAGAACAGCCCACGAGACGAGAAGGCACUGCUAUUGGUUUAUUGAGGAGGUUCAGCACCCGGCGUUAUCGCGACCGCGACAUGGAACGUCCUCAUCCACCCCCAGCGUUGAAUAUCCAGCCUCCUCAAGACUCCGCGGCGCCGCCACGUAAAUCUUUCUCCGUUCGUCGCUCUCGGAGGAGAGACCCAAGUCCAAGCACUCACCAUGCCGGAGGAAGCCAGCCUCAACAUGAAGGUCUUCUCAGCGCCGGAAAUAAUUCUUCGAGAGCAGGCAAGUUGCUGGGUCGAUCGACUAGCGUUAACUCUGCGGAGUACCGCCCGAGACGACUUCUACAUCGUGGGCCAUCGGCAAACGAAUCGCCACUGCUUGCCCCCGAACCACCCCCUACCAGUGGAUCAGAUAAGUCCAGCGCCAGUGCCGGCAAGAAUAGCAAGGGUGUGGAGCUUACAGACAAGCCUGUGCCUAAUGCCGUUCCGUUACCUGCACCGCGUACGCCGACCAGUAGUCGUACUAAGUCUCUUGGUCAUGCGCGACAAGAAAGCAUUCAAGCCAGACGCCGACGAUACGAAGAACGGCGGGACCGAGAAGCCAACGUGCCCGAGGAAACUGACGCUGACAUGCGAGUUGGUGCGGAUGCUUUAGACACGCCCGCCGUUCCUGAUACUCCAGGUACGGAGAUCGCGAAACCAGCAAGUCUGAAGGGACUGUUCUCGACCUCGACCACCAGCAACAAGCCUCCUGAAUUUAUCCGACACGACAUUAUCCGUGUUCUGAACCAGUUAGGUGUUCAGUAUAAUGUCAUCAAAGGCGGCUUCUCCUGCCGGCAUGCGCCCAGCAUCAAUCUCGAAGGUGUCAAGGAGCCAGGCCCCGGGUUAGAGGAAGAUAGAAGUGGACGGGUGACGAGUGGACACCAACGACGAAUCUCAUUCGGUGGUGCUUUCCGCGGCAAGGAAAGAGAAGAUAUCAAGGACGAGAAGCUUAGUCGACACUCGACUCGGAGACGACAACCAGACCAAAGUUUCGUCACGAAUUCUGAAGGCUCUGAUGACUAUCUGCCACAGGCCAGACACACCAGCGAGGCACCUGCCGACAUGGCAGCAACCAGAACACGAGUUCAAGACGAUAAUGGCGAGCGGCUGGUGCUCCGGUUUGAAAUUGCAAUUGUCAAAAUCCCCCUCCUCUCGUUGCAUGGCAUUCAGUUCAAGAAGGUUCAAGGAGGCAUGAAUCAGUACCGUUCAAUGACUGCGGCAAUUCUCAACAGCCUAAGACUUUGA